AUGUCUGGAAGAGGAAAGGGAGGAAAAGGUCUCGGAAAAGGAGGUGCUAAGCGUCACAGAAAGAUCCUUCGUGACAACAUCCAAGGCAUAACCAAGCCAGCUAUCCGUCGUCUUGCUCGCCGUGGCGGUGUCAAGCGAAUCUCAGGCCUCAUCUACGAAGAAACCCGUGGUGUUCUAAAAGUAUUCUUGGAGAACGUUAUCCGUGACGCUGUGACGUACACCGAACAUGCCAAGAGAAAGACAGUGACCGCCAUGGACGUGGUCUACGCUCUCAAACGCCAGGGACGUACUCUGUACGGUUUCGGCGGCUAGAGGGAUCAUCUGCAGACUUAUAAACGGCUCCUUUAGGAGCCACCACAUCUCUCGAAAGUUUAUGACCAACUCAGUUCAUGUUGUUAUUCAAAUACCCCAUCUACAACCUUAAAAUUUGUUUCUCGGCGACGGAACAAUUUACUCUAAUUGUUUCAGUUCGCACAAAAAGAUGUCCGUCUAUUUAUCUCGUUUUCUUACCCCCACCCCCCAAACAAUACAAAGACGACCAAAUCUUCCUUUUCUCAACUACAAAAGUCUGGUUGACGCAUGGAGACUCGUGAUACCCAUUACACAGAUUUUCAUGAGAAAAAUCACGAGAAAAUGUUAAGAGUGGCUUCGAAAUAUAAAGGAACGGGCCAUGACACAUAGCACUGAAUGGCGGAAGCAGAAAAGAACUGGGCAAAGGUCAUUCUGUUAUGUGCACCAAUCGUAACAAAGGAUUUUCGAUCCGCAUACUAAUUGAUCCGAGAGCUUCUUUCUUAUAAAUACCCGCCAUGAUUGAAAAACUUCACACAAAAUCUUUGAAAUGGCACCAAAGGUAGCUGGUAAGAAAGGCGAGAAAAGGGCUGGCAAGGCUAAAGCCACGACGGAAGGAAAGACUAAAAGAAGAGGAAAGCGAAAGGAAAGCUAUGCCAUUUACAUUUACAAAGUCUUGAAGCAAGUUCACCCUGACACAGGGAUUUCAAGUAAAGCUAUGGGCAUCAUGAACUCUUUUGUGAACGAUAUUUUCGAGCGAAUAGCGACGGAAGCUUCCAGACUGGCACACUACAACAAGAAGUCAACGAUAAGUUCACGAGAAAUCCAGACCGCCAUAAGACUACUUCUGCCCGGCGAGCUGGCAAAACACGCUGUCAGUGAGGGAACAAAGGCAGUGACCAAGUACACCAGCAGCAAAUAA